GGUCAUCCUAGUCCUGAGCAUAUUACAGUGCAGAGUAUGGAACUGAAGUGCUAAUUACCUGUCGAAAUUUUUAUCAUGUAAACUGUUUGAUGUUUAGAGAUUCUCUCUUCACAUACAGAAAGUGGAAAUAUUCAGUUAGUGUCGGUUGACAAUAACAUCUUUCAAUUCAAACAUAAAAGCUUGGAUCAUCUGUGAAAAUACAACAGCUGUGCUCAUCAGUAGACUUUUAUUAACGCUAAUGUUGGUUUGAUGUCGUAGUUUUUUAAAGGAAUUAUUCACAGGAGUUAUGGGCACCAUAGCAUAAGUAAAACGAGUUUUCAUAAUACCUGUACAUUGGAUGAGAGGUACAUCGUUGAUGGACGGAAGUACCUGUUUUUAAAAUAUAAAUCGACAGAGGGGAAAUUUCGGAACGAUAUCAUACGCUUUGGACAAUAAUCUAAUAGACGUAGCGAAAAUGGAUUUUACAACUGAGAGCAGUGAUUUAAACACUACUGGAGCUAUUAAUGGCACCGACACUUUCUUCUUCUACAAGACUCAACAGGUGGCGUUUCCUGUGCGUUCUAUUCACACUGACAGUGACCGCUAACUGCAUCGUCCUUACUCUAAUAUAUCUCUCCAGGAAGUUGAAGUCGCGUAUGAAUAUGUUCAUCGCAAAUCUUGCAUGUGCAGAUUUACUGGUGGCGUUCUUCUUUGUGCUGACUGACAUUAUCUGGAAGUUAACUAUUCAGUGGUAUGCUGGGAACAUUGGAUGUAAACUUAUCAAGUUUAUCCAGGCAGUUGGUACCUACGGUUCUACAUAUGCGCUGGUCGCCCUCAGUAUUGACCGUCUAGAUGCAAUAGCAAGACCAAUGAGCAUGAGAGGCAAAACCCGGCGAUGUCGUAUACUGAUCGGGUUGAAUUGGUCCUGUGCGAUAAUUUUCUCCAUUCCGAUGUUACUGUCUUACAACCUCCAACUCGUGGAUGGACAUAUGCCUCAGUGCUGGAUGCAACUUCCUGAGCCGUGGAUGUGGAAGGUAUAUAUUACGCUGAUUGCAAUUCUCCUCCUCAUUAUACCUGCUCUUAUCAUCGCCUUCUGCUACAUCUUCAUCGUCAUCGUCAUCUGGAGGAGGUCAAGUCUCUCACUAAACGCCGUCAAUGGCGGAGAACACACGCGUAUUGUGUCAAAAGAUGCUGCUUCAAGCUCACCGUCUGACCAGAGGAAGCGAGUACAUUGGACGGAGUGUAACGUCAGCUCUCGGGGUCUUAUUCCGAAAGCUAAAAUCAAAACUAUCAAAAUGACCUUUGUUAUUGUCUUAGCGUUCGUGUUGUGUUGGAGUCCGUACUUUGUAUAUGAUCUACUUGAUGUGUACGGCCAUAUACCGAGGACAAAUACGAUGAUUGCAGUCAGCACAUUCAUUCAAAGUCUUGCCCCUCUCAACAGUGCUGCCAAUCCAAUCAUAUAUAUGUUGUUCAACAGCAAGAUGUACAAAAAGUUCUUUAAAAACAAAAAACAUAACAGUUCCCCAAUUACGAGCGCGACACGGAGCCAGUUAUGAGGUCAUAAAUCAUGAGCUAUCUGUUGCGGUGAACUUUUCCAUUUUCGUUUGCUAUUUGUGUUCAGCUUAAUUGCUGAAACUAUCAGCAGCUCUGUAUCAGCAUAUAUUGAGGGACAACUUUACACGAACUAUGUUAUACAAUGCAUAUGGAGAACUUUACAUUAAGUGCAUUACAUAUGAUAGGUUAAGCAUGCGCAGUCGUCAUGUGACGGUAGAUCAUAGAUCAUAGUUAUUUUUAAAGAACUAUGUACAUGUGAUAUCAUUAAAAUUAUUGGUGGAUAUUAAACACGAACGAAAC